AUGAAGGUCGCAGUAGCACUAGCUACCACUCUCCUGCUCGUCUCCAUAGCGACGAGAGCGCUAGCGGAUGGAGAGUGUAAUCCCGGCGACACGAAGAAGGAUGACUGCAACUCGUGCAUCUGUGCGAAGGGCGGCGUCUGGGCGUGCACACAGAUGGCCUGCCCCAAAGUACAGGACGAGUGUAAUCCCGGCGACACGAAGAAGGAUGACUGCAACUCGUGCAUCUGUGCGAAGGGCGGCGUCUGGGCGUGCACACAGAUGGCCUGCCCCAAAGUACAGGACGCAUGUACUCCGGGCGAAAGGAAGAAGAUUGACUGCAACUGGUGCACUUGUGUAAAAGGUGCAGGCUGGGCAUGCACCAAGAUAGCUUGUCCCACAGUCAAGGAAGUCCAAAUGAAAUGCGAGCCUGGCACUACUUUCAAAGAAGACUGCAACAUCUGCCUCUGUGGUUCGGACGGCCUCACAGCAGCCUGCACACUUAAAGAGUGUUCCGGUCGCAGGCGUCGCGAGGUGUCCUGCAAGCCGAAUACAACGUUCAAGGACGACUGCAACAUUUGUAAAUGCGGCCCAGAUGGCAAGAAUGCUGCGUGCACGUUCAUGUUGUGUCCGAAGCCAUAG